AUGCUUCUCUUGCCCCUCUACUUCACAGGAACACCGUCGACUGAGACUGGGGAAUCCACUACUUCACAGUCGACUGAUACUGUGGACUCCACGACAACACAGUCGACUGAGACUGUGGAAUCCACUACAACACAGUCGACUGAAACUGUGGACUCCACGACAACACAGUCGACUGAUACUGUGGAAUCCACGACAUCACAGUCGACGGAUACUGUGGAAUCCGCGACAACACAGUCGACUGAGACUGUGGAAUCCACGACAACACAGUCGACUGAGACUGUGGAAUCCACGACAACACAGUCGACUGAGACUGUGGAAUCCACGACAACACAGUCGACUGAGACUGUGGAAUCCACGACAACACAGUCGACUGAUACUAUGAACUCUACGACAACACAUUCGACUGAGACUAUGGAAUCCACGACAGCACAGUCGACUGAUACUUUGGAAUCCAUGACAACACAGUCGACUGAUACUGUAGAAUCCUCGAUAACACAGUCGACUGAUACUGUAGAAUCCACGUCAACACAAUCGACUGAUACUGUGGAAUCCACGACAACACAGUCGACUGAUAAUGUGGAAUCCUCGACAACACAGUCGACUGAUACUGUAGAAUCCACGUCAACACAGUCGACUGAUACUGUAGAAUCCUCGACAACACAGUCGACUGAUACUGUAGAAUCCACGACAACACAGUCGACUGAUACUGUAGAAUCCACGACAAUACAGUCGACUGAUACUGUGGAAUCCACGACAACACAGUCGACUGAUAAUGUGGAAUCCACGACAACACAGUCGACUGAUACUGUGGAAUCCACGACAACACAGUCGACUGAUACCGAAGAAUCCACAUCAACACAGUCGACUGAUGCUGUAGAAUCCACGACAACACAGUCGACUGAUAAUGUGGAAUCCACGACAACAGAGUCGACUGAUACUGUAGAAUCGACGACAACACAGUCGACUGAUACUGAAGAAUCCACAUCAACACAGUCGACUGAUACUGUAGAAUCCACGACAACACAGUCGACUGAUACUGUAGAAUCCACGACAAUACAGUCGACUGAUACUGUGGAAUCCACGACAACACAGUCGACUGAUACUGUGGACUCCACGACAACACAGUCGACUGAUACUGUGGGAUCCACGACAACACAGUCGACUGAGACUGUGGAAUCCACGACAACACAGUCGACUGAAACUGUGGACUCCACGACAACACAGUCGACUGAUACUGUGGAAUCCACGACUUCACAGUCGACGGAUACUGUGGAAUCCACGACAACACAGUCGACUGAGACUGUGGAAUCCACGACAACACAGUCGACUGAUAAUGUGGAAUCCACGACAACACAGUCGACUGAUACUGUAGAAUCCACGACAACACAGUCGACUGAUACCGAAGAAUCCACAUCAACACAGUCGACUGAUGCUGUAGAAUCCACGACAACACAGUCGACUGAUAAUGUGGAAUCCACGACAACACAGUCGACUGAUACUGUAGAAUCGACGACAACACAGUCGACUGAUACUGAAGAAUCCACAUCAACACAGUCGACUGAUACUGUAGAAUCCACGACAACACAGUCGACUGAUACUGUAGAAUCCACGACAAUACAGUCGACUGAUACUGUGGAAUCCACGACAACACAGUCGAAUGAUAAUGUGGGAUCCACAACAACACAGUCGACUGAUACUGUAGAAUCCACGACAACACAGUCGACUGAUAGUGUGGGAUGCACGACAACACAGUCGACUGAUACUGUGGAAUCCACGACAACACAAUCGACUGAUAGUGUGGGAUCCACGACAACACAGUCGACUGAUACUGAAGAAUCCACAUCAACACAGUCGACUGAUGCUGUAGAAUCCACGACAACACAGUCGACUGAUACUGUGCGAUCCACGACAACACAGUCGACUGAUACUGUGGACUCCACGACAACACAGUCGACUGAUACUGUGGGAUCCACGACAACACAGUCGACUGAUACUAUGAACUCCACGACAACACAGUCGACUGAUACUGUGGAAUCCACGACAACACAGUCGACUGAUACUGUGGAAUCCACGACAACACAGUCGACUGAUACUGUGGACUCCACGACAACACAGUCGACUGAUACUGUGGGAUCCACGACAACACAGUCGACUGAUACUGUGAACUCCACGACAACACAGUCGACUGAUACUGUGGACUCUACGACAAAGCAGUGGACACAACAUUCAACAGAGCGGAAAGAGGACGAGUUAAAAG